AUGUCUCUCAUCCUCCUCGUUGCAUUUCUCACCUCUACCUUUUCGCAUCUUACCUCACAAAUCCAGCACAACGCCUCCAGGAUGUCUGUAUUCCAGGCAUCACUCUCGGUCGCAAUCUUGGCCUCGACCGUCGGUACCUACCUCGGCCUCCUCAACCCCAACCCCAAACCUCCCCAGCAACCAGGCGACCCUGACGAGCGACACCAUCACCAUCACCAAAAACAAGCACCACCACAACAGCACGCAGACUCGAUCCGCUGGAUGCUCCUCACCCACAAACACACGCCCAAAUUCGUCCUCCUCCCCCUGGCCCUCCUCUCCCUCCACCUCGCCGCCCUGAGCUACUACCAUCCGCACAUUCCCCCCUCCGUCCUCGGCCACGGCGCCCAAAACGGCCUCAGCGCCUCCCUCACAACCUGGUCCGCCUCGACCCUCCUCCCGCUCUCCGCAAUCUUCCUCGCCGGCGUCCCGCUCCGCCUCGGACCCUACCGGUCCCUCGGCAAGAAUUUCACCUUUCACCUCACCAAGCCCGACCAGCUCAAGACGACGGGCAUCUACAGCCGCGUGCAGCACCCGAGCUACACGGGCGUCGUCGUCCUCGUGCUGUCCAACGUCGCGCUGCUCGCCCGGCUCGACGGCGUGCUGAGCUGCUGGGUCGCGCCGGGGUGGCACGAGGGCUUGCGGGCCGUGCAGUGGGUUCUCGGCCCCGUGGCGUGCUGCGUCUUCCUCUUGGGCGUGUGGACGAGAGUCCGGGAGGAGGAGCGUAUGUUGAGGGCCGAGUUUGGGGAAAAGUGGGAAAGGUGGCACGCCUCGACGGCACGGUUUAUUCCGCAUGUCUUUUGA